CGUCAAUCAUGCAAGCCCGCGCAAGUGUCGUGACGGCCGACGUCGUCCAAGCUGCAAGUGAAGCCACGCCAGGGCUGUCGCUGCCGGCCAGCGUCCAGCUUUGGAAGUGUCUCGUCGACGGCCUUUGCGACCAUGUGCAUCGACGCGUCCCCAUUCGCCUCGAGCGCUUACUCCAGUUUGAACCUCCGAGCACCUUUGUCGACGUCGCGUUUGCCAAAACACCAGUGCGGCUGGCGCCAACGCUCAAUCUUGCCCACGCAGCACGGAUCCAGCGUCUCGACGAGCACUGUGUGGAGGCGUUUCUUGAUGUCAUUCGACGCGUGCUCACCGAUGCCAUGGCGCGCGGCGAGGACAUUCGCCUCGGUUUUCUUCCCCUUGGCGAGUGGCUCUGCACCCAAGGUCGCGUGUCGUUUGUGUUUCAAAAGCAAUCGCUGGCGAUGACGCCGAGUCGAGGCGGUUGGUCCAGCAGCCGGGCGUCCGAGCCGAUGUAUGGUCGCCCCACCUCCAACCAAAGCCGCCACGAUGAUCGACCAGCGACGGCGAGCACCCGUGCGUCGACCGUCAGCAAAGCCAUGUACGGUCGACCUGCGUCGAACCAGAGCACGCACAGUUUACGGCCUGUAACAGCCUCGUCGUCCGUGGCGGGCGGUGCAAGGCUCAAGUCAGAACGCGCGUACUCUGCCCAUCCUACCAGCAACCAAAGCAACCAUGACAAGCGUCCUGGCACCGCCCAGACCCAGAAACGUCUGGCGCCGAGUCGCGGAAGCAUUCCGUCGGGCGGGCGGGCAUCGAUGGUGAGUCGCCCAGCGUCCAACCAAGUGCCGCCGACCCGGCUUGGCACCGCACGACCGAGCACGGGCUCCACGCAUCGGUCAAGCACGUCGCGCGUUCUUACUGCUGCCAGUCGACCUCCGACUGCUGCCAGUCGGGCGUUGACGUCCGUGUCGCGCAACCAGGCCCCGUCUACACCACUACAUACGUCCAAAAGCCGGGGAUCACAAGCGUCGAUGCGAUCGAAAAAUGAGUCUUCUGCACCGGACGCCCUUCUCGCUCACGUAAAAGCUGUGCUCUUACAGCGUAGUGGUGACCAUGCCGGUAUUCAUACGCUCAGUCGAACGAUGCGAGCGUUGGACGCCAACCGUGACGGUCGCUUGAGCCGCGACGAAUUGCAGUUUGGUCUCCGGGACUUUGGUGUCGACUGUUCGCCGGCGGAGGUCGAUGCUAUCAUGAGCGCGCUCGACCGUGACGGCGACGGGUCGAUUAGCUUUGAUGAGUUUCUCCUCGCACUACGCGGACCUAUCGCGCCCGCGCGCCUUGCGAUGAUCAGCCUCGCGUUUCAAAAGCUCGAUGUCAACGGGGACGGCGUCGUGACCCUUGACGACGUCCGUGAACUCUACGAUACGACCAAGCACCCGGCGUUCAUCAGCGGUGAAAAAGCUGCCGACGAUAUCCUUUCCGAGUUUAUGGCGCAGUGGGACACGGACGAGAAGGACGGUGUGAUCACGCUCGCCGAGUUUGAGCACUACUACCAGAAUGUGAGCGCGUCGAUCGACGACGAUGCGUACUUUGAGCUCAUGAUUCGCAAUGCGUGGCGCAUUUCCGGCGGGGUCGGCUGGUGUGCCAACUCGGCCAACAAGCGCGUGCUCCACGAAGACGCCGACGGCAACCAACGCGUCGUCGAAGCCACACUCACGCCACGCCGCGCGCACGAAGAGAAGCACACCGACGCCUUUGCGACGCGACUGCAAGACCCGUUGGCGUACGUCAAGCACACGCUUUUCGAUCCGCCGUGCACCGUCGACGGCCUCGCCCACCGCCUUGGCGCCAACCGCGUUCUCGGCAGCGGGCAAGAGCGCGUGCAUCUCAAGGCCUUUGCCACGGCUUUGAGCAAGCGAGACAAGAUGCUCUCGUCCCGCGACGCCCUCGUGAUUGCCCGCGCGAUGGACGAUUCGGGGUCUCAAGUGAUCGACAUUCCGGCUCUGCACGCGCGGUUUACCUCUCGCUUUGGCGCCCCGCCUCGGGCGACGGGCGUCCUUGCUGGCAACGUCCUUGAUCGACUCAAAGCCAAGAUCGUAGCACGGGGCGGCGCUGCUGGCAUCCACGCAGUGCAGCGAGUGAUGCGCAUCUGGGACGACGGCGGCGAUGGCAAACUCACCAAGAACGAACUCAAAUCUGGCUUGGAGACCUACGGCAUUGAGAUUCAUUUGCACGACAUCGACCAGCUCAUGACACUCCUCGACACCGACCACAGCGGCACCAUCAGCUUUGACGAACUCCUCACCGGGCUUCGAGGCGAACUCAACGACCGCCGACGAGCGCUUAUACACCAAGCGUACAGCGUUCUCGACGUCGACGGCGACGGGCAAGUCACGAUCGACGACCUUCGCAAGGGCUUUGACGUGACGCACCACCCCGAUGUGGUCGCCGGGCGACUCACACCACGCGAUGCACUGGUGCAAUUCAUGCAGCACUGGGACCUCGAUGGCGACGGCACGGUCUCGCUGGCCGAGUUUGAAACAUACUACCGCGGCAUUAGCGCGUCGAUCGACGGCGACGACUACUUUGAGCUCAUGAUGCGCAACGCAUGGCACCUCUCGGGGGGCACCGGCGCCUGCGCCAACUCGAGCAAUCGACGCGUGCUCGUCACGCACGCCGACGGCCACCAAACGAUUGAAGAGAUCAAAAAUGACAUUCGCGUGCGCAGUCGUCAAGGCAUGCUCGACAACUUGGCGGCACAACACGUACACGCAACGUCGAUGACAACCAAAGGAUCGGCUUUGGAUUUGCGCAGCAAAAAGCUAUCCAAUCAUGUGCCAACGCGGUCGGCACGCGAAGACGCCCACGCGGCAACGCUGGCCGAGCGACACGCGGCCGCGAUGCGUAUCCAGCGGCGCUUUCGCUGCUUCCGCGCGCAAAAGUUUGUGCGCACCGUGCGGCGAAAGAUGGUAGCCGCGCGCAUGCAAGUGCAUCAGACCGCCCGCGACCACGCCAAAGCCAAACCGUCGAUCCUGCGCCCCGCUUUGCGAACAUACCACGGCUUUUAGACGCUGUUCGGUGACAGACUAAUAACGUCGAUCGAUCCCGCUCCGAUAUACACUACGUUGUGCCACUAUUCAAGCGUCCGAUGACGCUCCUGCUUUUGCUUCUAUUGCGAUAUUGUACAUAUUCAAAAUGAGCUGCAGUGGCC